CUUUUUACAAACUAUAGUGUAGACAUCAGGCCAGUGAAAAAUGACCAGAACGCAGUAAAUUUGGAUGUAAAACUUAAGGUGGAUGACGCAUUUCUUCGGGGCUUUGUUUUAACCUCGAGAAUACAUCUGAAGAUCUCUUGGCUAGAUGAGAUUCUGCCAUGGGAAUCUGGAAAUUAUACAAACAUAACUUAUCUUCAUCGGAAAGAAAAUGAAUUGUGGACGCCCCGUUUUCAAGUGUGGAAUUCCGUCUCCGAUGGAAACUUCGAAUGUUAUGACAAAGUGGUCAAGAUUUACAAUGAUGGUAAGGUUGAGUUCGAUUGUCGGUCAACUUUCAGAGUCAGAUGUGAAACAACAUUCGUGCGAUUCCCUUUCGAUGGACACGAUUGUGAAAUU